UGCAAGGGCCUCAAACGACCCCACCGCAUUGUAUGUAUCUCUGGCUGUUUGAAUUGAAUUUCGUCGUUUCGGCGCCUGAUACCGUUGGAUCAAAAAUCUGAAAAUCAAGGGAGGAGAUAAAAGCCCUAAAGGCAUAAACACUGCAGCUCGUUCUCCGCCUGGCUUCCAAAAUAACCUCAUUUUUCAUUUUUCAUUGUUUCAUCCUUUUAUUGCAGUCGCGCCAUUCAUAUUCAUACUUAUUAAGAUGAAUGUGGAGAGGCUCAUGAAGAUGGCCGGUGCUGUCCGUACUGGCGGAAAGGGUAGCAUGAGAAGAAAGAAGAAGGCUGUCCACAAGACAACUACCACUGAUGACAAAAGGCUGCAGAGCACCCUCAAGAGAAUAGGAGUAAAUGCUAUUCCUGCAAUUGAGGAAGUCAACAUAUUCAAGGAUGAUGUUGUUGUCCAGUUUAGUAACCCAAAAGUUCAAGCUGCUCUUGCUGCCAACACCUGGGUUGUUAGUGGUUCCCCUCAGACAAAGAAAUUGCAGGAUAUUCUCCCUGGAAUCAUCAACCAAUUAGGGCCAGAUAAUUUGGAUAACUUGAGGAAGUUGGCAGAGCAAUUCCAGAAGCAGGCACCUGCUGCUGGUGCUGGUGCAACCAACACUCAAGAAGAGGAUGAUGAUGAUGAUGUACCAGAACUCGUAGCUGGUGAGACCUUCGAAGCUGCAGCAGAAGAAGGUCAUGCUGCUAAAUAGAGUUUUUAGUGAUUUAGUUUUCUGCUGUUUUAUGAUUCUGAUGAAUUACUUUUUUUUUUUUGGCUUACAAUUUACUCUUGAUCUGGUUGAUUCCCUCACUGUGACACGUGAUAGUAUUAGUAUAGUGUUUUGGUUCACAAGAAGUCUUCUUUUUUAA